GGGAAUGUUAAUGAUUUUGUGAGGUAGGAAAGAAAGGAAAGACCCCAUAGCAAGCACGACACACUAUCCUGUUCUUUUCUAUUGCCCUUUUCCUUCACUUUACUCCUUGCAUCCAAUUCUCUCGCGAAAUUAAUAAAGGAACUUUAACUUUCGCGAGCGACACAAACGCAAUCAAAUCAAAUCAUAGAUUGAUUUGGCAACCCCAAUUCCCUUUUGAUUAUUUUUUUUAUGAAUUAAAGCAAUGGGUUUGGUUGCUUAGUGUUUUUUUGGACGCACGAAAGAUGAUUCCUUGGGGUGGCCUCAGUUGCUGUUUGAGUGCUGCUGCUCUUUACCUUCUCGGCAGAAGCAGUGGCAGGGAUGCGGAAAUUCUUAAAUCCGUUACAAGGGUCAAUCAGCUGAAGGAACUAGCUCAACUGUUAGAUGCAGAAAUAUUACCCUUGAUUGUUACAAUUUCUGGAAGAGUUAGCUCUGAAACCCCAAUUAACUGCGAGUUCAGUGGUUUAAGAGGUGUAAUAGUUGAAGAAACAGCAGAGCAACAUUUUCUUAAACACAAUGAUGCUGGUUCCUGGAUACAAGAUUCCGCUUUGAUGCUAUCAAUGAGUAAAGAGGUUCCUUGGUAUCUGGAUGAUGGGACUGAUCGUGUGCAUGUGGUUGGAGCUCGAGGUGCUUCUGGUUUUGCAUUACCUGUUGGAAUUGAGGCAUUUGAAGAGUCGGGUCGGUCACUUGUACGUGGAACUUUGGAUUAUCUGCAAGGUCUCAAGAUGCUUGGAGUCAAGAGAAUUGAACGGGUACUUCCAGUUGGAACUUCCUUGACUGUUGUUGGUGAGGCUGCUAAAGAUGAUGUUGGCGCUAUUCGAAUUCAGCGACCCCACAAAGGGCCAUUUUAUGUCUCUCCCAAAACAAUUGAUCAACUAAUUGCAAAUCUGGGGAAAUGGGCAAGGUGGUAUAAGUAUGCUUCUGUGGGCUUGACGGUGUUUGGUGCUUAUCUGAUAGCCAAGCAUGCUAUUCGGUACAUAUUGGAAAGACGGCGCCGCAGCGAACUUCAAAGAAGGGUUCUUGCUGCAGCUGCUAAGAAGUCGGGACAAAAUAAUGAUGUUGAAAAGGCCGACAGCUUAUCAGAUGGUGCUAAAAAGGAUCGCUUAAUGCCAGAUUUGUGUGUAAUAUGCCUUGAGCAGGAAUAUAAUGCUGUUUUUGUUCCGUGUGGGCAUAUGUGCUGCUGUACAGCUUGUUCUUCACACUUGACCAAUUGUCCUCUCUGCCGGCGACAGAUAGAGAAGGUUGUGAAGACUUUCCGUCAUUGAGUGUUGAGCAUACAUGGUAAUCCAACAAAAAAAAAGUCACAUGCAAUGAGGAAUUGUGCUUAAGAAUCCAGGAGCAACAAAUUGGUGAAUUAGAUAUUUUUUGCAUGCUUUGUCUGUGAGCAAUUCUAAAAACCAACGGCCUUUACAGACAUAUCAAGACAGCGAUGCUUUUAGCAUCAAAACCUGUACAUAUUUAUCAGAAGAAGUUAUGUUGCUUCUAUCUGCUGCGAAAUUUUAUAUUCUUACAGGAUGUAUUCUACUUUUUAUUGACUGUUUCUCUUCUGAUAUACUCUUACUUACCCUGUGGAAUUCUUUUUAAAGUGAAAACACUUUGUUAAUCGUACCAGGAGCUACUUAUUGUAUACUCGAGUCCUUAACGUGCGUAUGAACUAUUUUAUAGAUUAGUA